AUGCAAUUAAUGGAACCACAUACGACACAAGGCGACGACAACGCAGUCUCUUACGAGCUUCGGAUCCGAAUCUGGUGGGCGCUUUUCGCAGCGGACAAUUGGUGCUCUUCGAGCCUGGGCUUUCCCAGCCAGAUGAAGGACUGGCCUCGACCGGCUCGGUCACCCAUGGAUGAGGAACUGUUUGCCGACAUGGAUCCAAGUGAGCCAUUAAUCGACCCGAACGAGCCUUGUAAGAGCCCCGGUCUAUGGGCACACAUGGCCACGCUCAUCGAAGUGUUCAGCCCUAUCCAGGAACUCAACUGGCGCGCCGCCAAUGGCGAGGGGCUGCAUCCAGAUCGAAUCGAGCAGGACGUAGAUCAUCUUGCACGGCUGUUGGACGACUGGCAAGACAGACUACCCCACGAUGUACAAUUGACGGAGUCGAACCUCAUAGAACACAGCAAGCGGGGCACUGGGGGCAUCUUCAUGGGCCUCCAUCUUGGCUUUCACCACUACGCCACCUUACUUUUCUAUCAGUUUGUCGAUACACGAUCCGUGAUGAGUAUGCGCUCCCAGCAGUUUGCAGCUCGAUGUAAACAUCAUGCUCUCAGCUAUAGCACGUGGCUUGCCCGUGGGAGACGACAAUCGGGAUGCGAAGCCGUGUAUCUAACCGUUGGCCACAUGGCGAUCGUUUCCUCUUCGGUUCUUCUUUAUACUCUGCUUUUUGGAGAAGAAAACGAACUUCCGCGAUCACGUCUCUGCCUUGAAGCGAAUUUUGAGGCGCUUCUCGAGUUGGAAGAGUACUGGCCCAUUGUCAGACCCAUGGUAAAUCUACUUCCCUCUCCUCGAGAAAUCGGAACGGUCUUCUUGUGCUCGUCCUCGUUCUCUUCUUGCUGA